AUGCUGAUAGUGAUCCAGAAAUUAAAGUUGAAUUCUGAACUUCUUGAGAUCAGCAUGAAAUUACAUGCACGGGAGCUUAUUGAUGACCCACCAGUGGCUGAAAGAUCUCCAUCUCCACCACUAAUUUACAAUGAGUUAGGCAUUCAGUCAAAUACAAGGAAUGCCCGAUAUCGUUUGAAACUCAUUGAGCUUAAACAGAAGACUCAUUUUCUGAUUUGGUUAAAAGAUAUCCUACUUUUUAAAACCACCUUCAGAUUACAGGCCACUCAAAGUUGUAUAGAAGCUGUACAUUCCUGUUCUGCAAAAGAUGGAAGACUGAGAAAGGAGGGAAAUCCUGAUCCAUGGGGAGAAUAUGAGGAUUUGCAUGUCUGUGUAGAGGCAGAGACACAGGAUUCCUUGGAUGCAGCUGUAAAGAUGGUUGAGAACCUCCUUGUCCCUGUUGAAGAUGAAGCCAAUGAGCACAAGCGUUCUCAGCUAUUGGAGCUAGCUAAGCUGAGACAGAAAGCAGUCCAUGCAAAGAGUGGCCAGGCCAAUUCCUUGUGUGAUAUUUGUGGUGACUCUCAUUUGACCUCUGCUUGCCCACUGAUAGCAUCGAACGAAACUAGUAAAGCUUGUGAGCAGGCUAACUCUCUCGCAGAGAUUGGAGAUGAAGGCGUGUCUCCAUUCAGCAGUCCAUCUUCUCCUACUCCAAAGAUGCCCUGCCGAGUCAGUACAGCAUCAGUUUCUUUAUUGGAGGAAAAUGGCAAGAAUAAUAAAGUGAUUGAUCAGGCUAAUAUCUAUGUUGCUUCUCUUCCUCACACUGUGGAUGAUAAUAGGCUGAUAGAAUUGUUUUUCGUCAUUUGGGCCUGA